UCUACCAUCGAUCCGAUGGUGCCGUUAACCAUUGGCUUCUUAAGCUCUUAUCUAAGCAGUAAGAUGACGCUUGGUGCCAUUCCGUUAGCCGUUGAAGCAGUCAACAAGGAUCCUAAUCUGCUGCCUGGACGUAAACUUAAAUUCGUUGCCGCCGACAUUGGCAAUCCAGUAGGGAAUGAUGGAUUAACGGCAUUGGCCAUUCGACGGAUGACUGAGAUGAGAGACAAUAAUUUAACCAUCGCUUUCAUUGGACCUGAUGGACAUCACUGCGCAGACGAAGCUCUGGUAGCAGCAGCUUGGAACCUGCCCAUCAUCACGCAUAAAUGUUCGGAAAAGAGGGUAUCGGACAUGCCGCAGACAUACUUCACAUUCUCCCGUACAAUUCCGCCCGCAUCCAAAAUAUCGAAACCAGUAAUAGCUUUGUUGCAGAAUUUUGGCUGGAACAGGAUUCUUAUCAUCGUCGGGAAGAAGAACGAAUGGAUCCAGAUAAAAGACGCCGUCCAGGUCUCCGCUCGGGACAAAAGGAUUGAAGUUAUCGACGUAAUUUACCUAGACGACCAUUCGCCGACCCAAAUGGACGCCAUAAAAACAAUUGCUGAAAGUACUUUUCUACGUACGAGGAUUUAUCUUUUUAUCGGCCAGGACAUUGCCCUCAUUCAUUUCGUCAAAGCCCUCCACGGGCUAGGAGUACUGGCAACUGGUGAUUACAUGAUCAUUUCAAUCGAUGAUUCCGCGUUCGAUCCUGAAACAAAUGCCCAAAACACCAAUCGCAAUCGUCUCAAUUCGUACUUGACAUCCGUCAAAACACAAGAUGAAAUUCAGGCUUUUCGUUCGGUCUUGAAAGUAACAUCAUCCCAUCCACGCAAUCCUAAUGCCAGGAAAAUGUUAGCCAAAAUGAAAGAAUAUUCUUCUCGGCCACCUUUUUGCGUGCCUAAUCGUCCAACGAUUUUCGACGAUAUCGAAGUACCGAUUGACGCUUAUCACGCCUACGACGCCGUCCUGCUCUACGCCCAGGCCUUGACGGAAUCUCUGGGCGAUGGCUACGACCCUCGUAACGGGACUAACAUCGUGGAACGCAUCCGUAGCCGUGUGUACCAUUCGGUCCUUGGAUAUGACGUGUUCAUCGAUUCCAACGGUGAUGCAGAAGGUAAUUACACGGUUUUUUCCAUGCUCCCUUUUCAAAGGAAACGGUUCGCUGGACCGACAUCGUACGAUGUCUCAAAUUACGUUAUGCAACCUGUUGGGUAUUUCCAGUACAACACUGGCAGCAGUUCUCCUAAAGAUUUCCCGGUCUUUCUAUAUUUUAACUCGAGCCGUCCAAUCGAUUGGAUUGGAUUUGGUCCACCCGUUCCGGAAUCGCCUUGCGGUUUCACCAGGGAAAUGUGCGUUCGACUUGCAACGCCAGACUGGAGAAGCGUUGUUUGUACAGUUUCCGGUGUUGUUUUUAUUGUAACAAUUGGCUUGGCCUCUAGACAUUACUGUUAUGCGCACAAAUUGGCCUGCCUACUCUGGAAGGUGGACACUCGCGAAAUCAUCAUUACUGCGUCCCCAGCCGAUAUCACUGACAUGCCGGACCAUUAUGUCGCUAGGAGCCUGACUGGCCAUCAUCACGGGCGGAAUACCAAUAAUAGCCCUGGUGAAGAUAAGGGAUCGCCGGGCAAAGAUGAUUCCUCCACCAUUGACCAGGGCAUGAAACGUUUCUACACUAGAACAGGUAGCUACAAAGGCAAUGUUGUGGCCAUCAAGACCAUCCACGCGAAAAGCUUGAGUUUCACGAACAACAUCCGGAAGGAAUUGAAACAAAUGAGCGCACUUCGUCAUGAGAACGUCGCCUCAUUUAUGGGUGUAUCCGUUGAAAAUGGAAGCAUCUCAAUCCUGACAGCUUACUGUGCUCGGGGAAGUUUGGAGGACAUUCUCAAGUACCUCGAUUUCAAGCUGGAUACAUUUUUCAUCGCCUCCCUCGUCACUGAUUUAAUUAAGGGAAUGAUAUUCCUUCACGAAAGCGAAAUUGUAUCACAUGGCAACCUGAAAUCUUCCAACUGUUUAGUCGACUCGCGUUGGGUUUUGCAAAUCACCGAUUUUGGUCUACAUGAAAUCAAAGCUACCAGUAACGAAGCUCAAAAGAAAGCUAAAUGCGCUAAACGGCUAUUGUGGAAAGCGCCGGAAUUGUUUCGUAACCCGAAUCCUCCUCCACGGGGCACUCAGAAAGGCGAUGUUUAUUCCUUCGGCAUCAUUCUUUAUGAAAUCUUUGGUCGUAAAGGACCUUGGGGUGACCUGUUGGAUACCAUGUCACCUACAGAUAUCGUCGAAAGACUUACCCAUCCAGAACGGUUCUCUUACAAAUUUUUCCGUCCGCCCGUUUCCUUGUUGAAUUGCAAGGAGUACAUCAUUCGCUGUAUGCAGGACUGUUGGCACGAAACGCCAGAAAUGCGCCCCAAUUUCAAAUCCAUCCGUAGCCGCCUGAAGGAAAUGGAAGCUGGAUUGAAGCCCAACAUUUUCGAUAACAUUAUGAUCAUGAUGGAAAAGUACACCUACAAUUUGGAAGGUCUAGUCCAGGAACGGACGGAUCAGCUGGUGGAAGAGAAGAAGAAAACGGAAGCUCUUUUACACAGAGUCUUACCAAAUAGGUCGGUGGUCGAGUCGCUCAAACGAGGAGAACCUGUUAAAGCGGAAAGUUUCGAUUCAGUGACCAUCUAUUUCAGCGACAUUGUCGGCUUCACAUCGUUGUCCGCCGUGAGCACGCCGCUACAAGUGGUCGGUCUUCUCAACGAGCUUUACACCUUGUUCGACUCGAUAUUGGAAAACUAUGAUGCAUACAAAGUGGAGACUAUUGGCGAUGCUUACAUGGUGGCCAGUGGGCUGCCCAUUCGUAACCGGGACUAUCACGCGGCCGAAAUCGCUUCAUUGGCCCUUCAUUUACUCUCCGAAAUACGCAAUUUUCGCAUUCGUCAUAGACCUGGAGAAACGCUGAAGUUACGCAUCGGUAUUCAUUCCGGCCCGUGCGUCGCUGGAGUAGUCGGUUUGAAAAUGCCGCGUUAUUGCCUUUUCGGCGAUACGGUGAACACCGCAUCUAGGAUGGAAUCAACUGGACAAGCUCUUCGCAUUCACAUAUCGGCAGCCACUAAAGAACUCUUGGAUCGGUUGGGCGGCUUCGUCAUUGAAGAGCGUGGAUUAACUUCUAUUCGGGGUAAAGGUGAAAUGAUGACUUACUGGCUAGCUGGGGAGGAGUCGUGGCGUGCUGGACGUCGUCGUCCUAGCACACUUAAAAGAGAAAUCGCAGCAACUGCACAACCAACUGAUGCCGAUCAGCAGAUUGGACUACAGUGCCCUACCAUGUUAGGUGACGUACCUUGCGUAUCAAAGAUAGACCACUCAGACAGCUCAAUAAUAAAUAUCCGACAGAAAAUCAACAAUGACGUUCAUAUUAGUGUUGAUUCAGGCACUAACAAUAGCUUCAGUAAUCUAUGGUUAGGGUGAUAUUUUAAUUCUGAAAUCAAUUAUCCAUAAAUAUUGGUCGCCUUAUGCACACAAAAGAAGUCGUUGGAUCGUGCGAAAUUAACGUAGAAAUUAGCCUUGUCUCCGUAUUUUGCUGGCCUUCCACUUGCCACUUCUAGUUUGUUCCUCUUCAAAAAUAUAAACUCUUUUUUAAGUUUAAGCAGGUUACUAUAGACAGGACAUAAUCACAAUUCUUGCCUCCGAGUCCCAUUGGGAGCUUACUAUUAAGCGUUCAUCGUACAACUGAGUUUCUUAAGUUUGAAAUUGCAUUUUUGAAUGAUCAAUAUGUCAUAAUGUCAGUUAACCAUUCCAUUCACAAUUUGUUCGUUUGAAUGGUUAAGUUUUUGAAUGAAGAAAGUUUAAAUGUUCUAGUCAAAACUCAAGAGAACACGCUUUUAUGAGUUGGUUGUCCUUUAACCAUGUCACACAUUAUGCUACUCUGUAUGGUUAUUCCAUUUCAUUAAUCUACCGAAAAUCUGUGAUUGUUUGUCGUAUGCCUAUGUGUUCUGCAUCAUCCUUUUUCACCACUCGUGUCGGUGGUAGCUUCCCAGAUUUUUUUGGCAGAGAAAAAAGGUAUGUGAAAGGUUUCAACGAUUCUGUUCAUCCUAAGAAAACUUAAAAGAAUAUUUAUGAAAGAUAAAUAAGAAAAUGAAAGUUUAAUGACAAUGUUUCUCAGUUUCCAUUA